AUGCCGAGGGUGAAAAUCCGUGAGCUGAAGGACGAUUACGCUAAGUUCGAGAUACGGGACACAGAUGCGAGUAUCAUGAUCGCGGAGGUGCCGACAAUUGCAAUCGAUCUGGUGGAGAUAGAGGUGAAUUCUUCGGUGCUGAACGACGAGUUCAUAGCGCACAGACUCGGCCUCAUCCCGCUCACGAGUGAGCGAGCCAUGUCCAUGCGCUUCUCACGUGACUGCGACGCGUGUGACGGGGAUGACCUCUACAGUUCUGACCAUUCGGUCGUCCCCGAAGAUUUCUCUGACCCUGCUGCCACUGAUUCUUCCGACAACAGAGGGGUUAUCAUUGUGAAGUUGAGGCGAGGACAAGAGCUGAGGCUGAGAGCGAUAGCUAGGAAGGGGAUUGGCAAAGAUCAUGCCAAGUGGUCACCUGCUGCAACUGACUUGAUGGAGACACUGACUCUUGAGGAGAAAAGAGGAUGGGUUGAUAGCAGUCCUACACGUGCGUUUGACAUUGAUCCAGUAACACAACAGGUAAUGAUGGUUGACUCUGAGGCAUACUCGUAUGAUGAUGAGGUGAUUAAGAAAGCAGAAGCCAUCGGGAAGCCUGGGCUUGUGGAAAUCAUUGCAAAGCAGGAUAGCUUCAUAUUCACAGUUGAAUCUACUGGAGCAAUUAAAGCUUCUCAAUUAGUUCUAAAUGCCAUAGAAAUUCUCAAACAGAAGCUGGAUGCUUUGCGGCUAUCUGAAGAUACAGUGGAGGCGGAUGAUCAGUUUGGUGAGCUAGGUGCACAUAUGCGAGGAGGAUGA